AUGUCUGCAGAAAGAGAUGCCGCUAUUGAGGUUGCCGAGGUUGAGGUCGCUGCCGAUACCUCUGCCCGUGGUCAGAUGUCCGUUGAGGAAGCUCUCCAGGACGUUCUGAAGCGUGCCCUUGUCCACGAUGGCCUCGCCCGUGGUCUCCGUGAGUGCGCCAAGGCCCUUGACAGACGUCAGGCCCAUAUGGCUGUCCUCGUCGAGACCUGUACCGAGAAGGAGUACAUCAAGUUGGUCGAGGCUCUCUGCGCUGAGCACAACAUCAACCUGAUCAAGGUCUCCGAUGCCAAGAAGUUGGGCGAGUGGGCCGGUCUUUGCAAGAUCGACCGCGAGGGCAAUGCCCGCAAGGUCGUUGGAUGCUCGUGCGUUGUCGUCAAGGAUUUCGGUGAGGAGUCUGAGGCCAUGAACGUCCUCUUGGAGUACUUCAAGACCCGUUAA